AAAGCCACCCUAGAAAAACUAUCAAACACUCUAACCAAAAUGGAAUCUACACUUUAUCUUAAUUUUGUGAAAUAUCUAACAAUUUCAGAAUUACCUCCAAAUUUAACUUUAAAGAAACAACAACAAUUUAAAAAACAAGCAACAUAUUAUAUUGAAUUUAAACUGCUUGCUGUUUUAUAUAGAUUACAUUCUGAUCUUCUUGCUAGACACUUUGGCAUUAAUGAAACUUAUAAUU